ACCGUUAGUGACGCCGAGGCAGCAGCAGAAGCAGCAGUAGCGCAGGCCACCGCGGCUCCGGGGACUUUUCACUUCUUUCUGACAAAAACAACUAACUCGGACCUUAAAACCCACCCUUGUGAAACGGAUCCACCAUGACUGACGGCGACAACAAGAGCGGAAACGUGCUGGCCCAGGAAACGGCCCAGCUGGAGGAGCAGUUGCAGGCCUGGGGAGAAGUGAUCCUGGCUGGAGACCGCGUGCUGCGCUGGGAGAAACCCUGGUUCCCAGGAGCUCUGGUGGGCGCCACCUCUGUGAUCUUCCUGCUGAUCUACUACCUGGACCCCUCUGUGCUCACGGGCCUGUCCUGCUCUGUGAUGCUGCUGUGUCUCGCUGAUUACCUGGUGCCCACACUCGCUCCUCGUGUCUUUGGAUCCAACAAGUGGACCACGGAGCAGCAGCAGCGUUUCCAUGAGAUCUGUGGAAACCUGGUGAAGACUCAGCGUCGGGUGGUGGGCUGGGGCAAGAGGCUGUGCGCGCUCAAGGAGGAGAAGCCCAAAGUGUACUUUGCCUCCGUCAUCACGUCUCUUCUGGUCGUGGCCUGGAUCGGUCAGCAAGUCCACAAUCUUUUCCUCACCUACCUGAUCGUGAGUUUCCUGCUGCUGCUGCCUGGUCUGAAUCAGCAUGGAGUCAUCUCAAAGUACCUGGGCAUGGCCAAGAGGGAGAUCAACAAGCUGCUCAAACAGAAGGAGAAGAAGAACGAAUAGACGGAGGAGUGAAGCGAUGGAACGGAAGACGAGAGCGAGAGAAAGUCACAUUUGGAAAAAAAGAGAGCGAGAGAGAGCUCUGAACCGAAGCCCGUCCGCUCAGCCCGCCCUUGAGCAAGACGAGCACUUUUGUUUGACCCUUAAGUUUAGUUUCCCACCACCUCUUUGACAUUUCACAUGUUUCUUCAUAAUUUGGUCUGAGCAUGCAGCCUCUAAGUGAAGGUUCUGUGAUCCCUUUAAAGCUGCACAGUGUAACUUUUCUCAUAGAAGGGUCCAACACCUGUCUGUCGCUUUGGAAAUGUUAUUGGCCUGCCUGGAAUGUUCAUGAAACGUAUCUGUCUUUUGUUUACUUACAGGUGUAAGUAAACGGGGUCGCCUCUCCACAGAUAUGGCUUGUAACUUGCCUUGGGGGCACUCAUACUUGCCUAAUGCUGUACCUGGCUUGAAAAACAUGACACAGAACUAGGUCAUUUGAAAUAGUUGUCAGUCGUCCAAAAUUCCUCCUCACUUACCUUUAAGCAUUUUUCAUUACGAUGAGUUUAAAACGCUUUUCACAACUCUGAGACCAGCGCAGAGCAUGCCAACGACGCACUUCCUGGUUAUCUGACAGUGAAAUGCUUUAGACAGUACACAGCGCACCUAUUUUAACCACAAGAGCGGUUUAUACAAUACAUCUGUACUGGGACAAAAGGUUUUCAGCAAAAUGUGUCUUGACCUAAAUAUUCCAGGCAACGUAAUAACAUCUCCAUGAAUGCAAGCAGGCGGCGGACCCUCUACCAGAAAUGUUACAUAGUCCACCUUUAACUUAAGCUUUGGAGGUCUCGGCGACGCAUCUGAACUCCUUUGACUACUGAGCAGAGCCGGAUGUGAACGUGUGUAGGCGCUUUCUCACUCGCCUUAGUUGUAUUGAAACGGACUGUGAUGCUGUUUUAGUCUCUUUCCUCAGAGCUGUGUCCUGAUGACGUGUAAAUACUUUGUCUUAUUUAUGUUCCUCCUCUGGUCUCGUCACUGUGGCAUUUCAUUUGUUUUUCUUUAGAUUUCAGCGUUACAAAUAAACUUAAGUGAACUUU